UCAAGUCAUUCUCUGACAAAUUUUCGCAGUGAGCAGUGCUCUUGAAAGUAGAAAAUAAAAAAGUGUAAAUUAAAUUCCUCUCUUUGAGUCGUUGUGUCGAGCAUCUUUGGUUUUUCUUUCCCAUUCCUCCCCACCUUCUUACUAACCCACUUAAGCAGAAAUUGUUGAAAAUGGUUCCAGUUACAAAGCCAAACACCAAGGAGGUGCAAUGCCAGCUCUCCACUGGAGAUGAGCAGGAGACUCCGCAGCAGGAGACUUCGCAGCAACAGCAGCAGCAGCCGCCGCCAGAUGUCAUUCUAACCCCAAAGAGCGGUCGGGUGGGCAUUUUCAAUGCAGAGGAUUUUCUCUCCCGUGCCCAGCGCAAUGACAAGAUCAACAACAUCUUGCGCUCUCCAACCAAAGCUGCCAACGGUGUGCGCCAGCGCUCUGUCUACACCAACAACAAUCCAUCGCCACAAUCAUCGUUGCGCCUGCCCAUGUCGCAGGCCUCGCUCUCAUCGCGUAUGAGCAGCAUGUCGCUCAACGGCAGCAGCGCUAGCGUGGGCACCAAUACCUCAGUAUUGGCCAAGGAGUGCUCGAGUCAGACCAACGUUGUUGGCUCCUAUCGUGCCAUGCAACUGGGCAUGCACCAUUCUCCAUCCCAGCCGUUGCUUAGCGCUUCUUCUGAUAUGGACUCGCCUCACAUUAUUCGGGGAGGAAAAUCGCUCACUGCUCGCUAUCCGGGCACCUAUGGGUUUGAGAAUGCUGGCGCCUAUAUGCCACCUCAGUCAUCAAUUCACCAUUCGCAGCAGUUUCCAUCGCCGAUGCCGCCACCACCUCAUGCCUUGGGUAGAGUCAGCUCGCGCACUUUUGAAUUUGAGAACAGCCCUCCACCACCGCCGCCCUGCCCCGGCUCAGGGCCCAUUGCCAUGUCGAAUGGCACCAUACAGCUGCGCCUACGCGAUGGUGUUCGCAUUGAUAUGACUUUAGACAAGGCAGUGCGUGUGCUGAACCAACGCAGCAUGGUGGCCGUCUCUCUAUCUCGCAAUGGGACCAAUUCAGCUUUGAUUCAUCCAAAUGGGCGCAUAUUGCAAAGCGGCUCCAAGGUGGAAAUUGUUACUUAUGAUGGCAUGAAGGCCAACAAUUUUGUGCGAUACGCCAAGAUGUGGUACAAAGGUGUGAGCUUCACAAGCGAGUCUUGCGCUUUGAUUUAUCUGGUAGACACUGCGGGCACACGCACCACAACCGACACAUUCACUGAUCUGACCAAGGACUACACUUUGGCUGUGUUUUAUGAUGACUCGCGUCACGGUCGCUCCUUUGUGCCGGAUGCUCAGGAGGUGAUUGCAAAGUCCACUUAUGCAUGCGCCGACGAUGGCACCGAGACAUAUGACAUCAAUGGCUUCCGCAUCAUACAGGCUGCUGAUGGGCUGGUGAAGGUGACGCGUCAGCAUAACAAGGGCCUCAUUCGCACUAGUCCUGGCAAUGGAUCAGUCACCUUGACUACUCUUGGCAUCCAUUGCACUGCAUCAUUGGGCAAAACAUCGCAUCUGUUCUUGCGUCGCAAUGAGAAGCGCAUGCACUUUGAUGGCUCCAACUUUAUAGUGCGCAAUGCUGGACACUCCGCUGGUUUCAACGAGAACAACCUGCUGAUUGUCUACUAGAUUGGCUCUCCAGCACGACA